AUGCUUUUUGAAGUGGAAGACGAGACACGUGACUUUAUAACGACAUAUAAAAAAGAUUUUCAAUCGAAAGAAGGUCGUAGACCAAAAGAAUGUAGACCAGAACCACCUUAUCCUCCACCAUUGAAUAUUUUAAAUGGUCCUUACAAAAAGUGUCUCAAUACACGACGAAAAAAUGAAACACUUCCUUUAAGUGAACAAAGCGAGGACCCUCAAGAGAAUUUAAACAGAAUUCGCGAAAAAUAUUCGCAUUUAAAAAAAUUUCUUCCGGAAGUUGUACCAGACGAAGAUCUAAUUGAAAGAAAAGACAAUGAACUGAAGCAAACCAUGUAUCAAUUACAUUAUUCAAAAGAUGAUUAUUCACCUCGCGUGAAAAUAUAUGGAAGAAAAAAAGAUAUACCUUUACCGGAAGAUUGGAUCAUACCAGAAACGGUUCAAAAAAAAUCUUAUAGAAAUCCAUGGAAAAUUGUAACGAAAGAUUUGUUACAUGUAAAAAAAGCAAUGAAACCUUUGGAUAAUUUAAUACCAAAUAAAAAAGAAAGAGAAAUUCUUUGUAUAAGUACUGGAUAUUCAGAAAAGAAUGCAACCAUAGAUGCUACCGGAAAUAAAGUAAUAAAAGAAUUCUUACAUGGUGCACCAUUACCUAUAGAACCUCAAAUAUAUACUAAAGGACCUGAUAGUCCACCAUCUGAAUGUUCUGAAAUUCUAGCAGAGAAAAAAUUUGUACUUCCUUCUAGAAUUAUCUGA